UCUCAAAAUGAAGUCUUGUUCAUGUUAACACAUUUCUUUAGCUCCACAUUAAUCUGUUUGAUAGAUUAACUCCACAUUUUAAACCACAGAAACAGAGGAAUUAGAGACUGGGAGGCCGGCUGAGCAGAUCCUGUGACCUCCCGACAGUCUGUCUGUUCAAGAUGGCCGCCUGAGUGAAGAAUUCACACUUCUCCUAUAAAACUAAUCCAACAGCUAGCUUACCCUCAACUUUACCCUCACUGUCAGAGAGACUCACCUCGACACCUGACAUGUUUCCUGCCUUUCUAAAGAGGAAGAGAAAGAGUCACGGCUGAGGACGACGUCGGAGUGAUGGAAUAAAAAAAAACCUCUCUGGGACUCUAGGGGGUUAAAGGCCCUUUGUUUCGGCCCAGCAUGGACAGCUUCUUCAAGGCGGCUGUGUGUGAUCUGGACAAACUGCUCGAUGACUUUGAGCUCAACACAGAAGAGCUCGACUGUAAAUCUGUGUUCCUGAAGCCGUCCGUGUACCCCUUCUCCUCGCUCGGCUCUCAGUGUUUGUCCACCGAGGCGUCCACCGUCCCUCCAAACCUCCCCGACCUCAACUCCCUUCAUUAUGGUUCCGCCACCAGCAGCGCUCAGAGCCACAGCCCUGACGACAGAGAGGUCAAAGGUCAGCCUCUCACCGCCGUGGACCUGCUGUCCUCCGUGGACCGCAGGCCAACUAAAAGCUCCGCCCCUCCUUGCCCCGACCGAGCGCUGAAGCCGGUGUGCGACCUCGUGAACGACGCCAGCUCGGCCAUCCUGGUGCGGGCGAACAGCCACGAUGCGUUCGGCGAGCUGGACGCUGUGGAGAAGCAGAUGGAGGAGGAGGAGGAGGCGCUGCUGGUGGACUUCGACAGCCCCGUGGUGACGGCACAUGUAGAGGAGCAGGCUCAGCCAAGUCUCAGCGCUGAGUGCAGAGACUCAAAGGAGGAGCAGGCCUCUGCAGGGAGAGAGGAGCUGCAGAGCGGAGGGUACGCUGCCUCCCUCAGUCUGCUGGACGUCAUUCUUCCUGCUGCGGUGGAGCGGAGCUGUGAGUCUGCAGAUGAUUCAACAUCAGCUGACAAACAGGAGAGGGACUGUGAGGAGGAAGUGGCUUGCACAAACCAAACGGUGAAUAACUCCUCAGACUGUGAACUGAAGGACUCUCUGCACGUUGAAAGCACUAAAGAAACAACACAAACCUCAGCGAGCAAAGAGGAAGAAGCUCCAGAAACCUCAGACCGAGCCGAGGCGGAGUCUCCUGCAGGAGGAGCCUCAGAGAGCGAACAGAUGGGGUUAUCCUGCCUGCCCCUCGCCGUGUCCAUGUGUGCUGCUCUGGUGAAGGCAGAAGAGGAGUCAGGGCCAGCGACGGAGCCGUGUGUCGAGACUGAGAGCACUGAGGCUGACCUCCUGUCCGGUCUGGAAGCCAAGGAAAGCAGAUCCCACUCAGAGGAACCUGUUGAAUCAGCGUCAGCGUGUCGGCAGCUCGCAGACGAGCGGGCGUCACCAGAGGGGCAGCGGCUCUCUCUUGAACCUCUUCACCCUGCAGACCCCGCCUCCAACGACCGCUCUGAGCCCAGCCCAGUGGAUCCUCCAGAGUUCGGGUUUGAGUAUCUGCCUGAGAGCGACCAGGCGGAGCUGCUGGUGACUGACGAGGAGCUGGAUGCGUUCCUGCAGGCGCACACGGAAGCAGAGCAGGGCCAAAGCGGGGGAGGCGGGGGAGGCGGGGGAGGCGGGGGAGGCGGAAUCGCUUGCUGCAGCAGUUCUGGGGAUUUCGCUCAACCUGAGAGUCAGAACGGGGAUCUGGAGGAGCUGAGGGGGUGUGGGCGGGAGGAUCUGGAGGUUUCUGCUUUUCCAGAAAGCGACAGAACGAUGUGUGUGACUGUAGAGGGAAGUCUAAACCCUGGUGCUCCAUCACAACCUCAGAACUCUCUCAGUCCUCCUCAAGAAGAGCUCUCCUCUGGGAUUAACCAUUCAUCCACCAGCAACGCUUUGAACGCUCAGCUCAGCGGCAGCCCCGAUCAGCCGCCCUCCUAUGGAGGAGCCAGACCCAAACAGCUACACUGCCAACCCGCUCGCUCUCCACCAGCAGGAGAAGACCGCGAGGAGGAGACGCUCGGUGAGUCAAACAAACAGCCAGCAGAGGAGGAAGAGAGCUCGCCGAGUCUUACAGAGGAGCACCCAAACAUCAGGGACUUAAGCCCCGUGCACUCGAACCAGGAGCCUCAGGAGUACAGCGUGGGGUACGACGAGCUCUCGGAGCCCCCUCCGUACCCGGGGGAGUCGCCCACGGACGGCGGCAGGCCGGCGAACUGGAAGAGAGAGGGAGGAGAGGAGCUGGGGAGCAGACAGCCCGCCUGGGUGCCGGACGCUGAAGCUCCAAACUGUAUGAACUGCUACCAGAGGUUCACCUUCACCAAGAGGAGGCAUCACUGUCGAGCCUGCGGGAAGGUGUACUGCGCCGUGUGCUGCAACAGGAAGUGCAAGCUGAAGUACCUGGAGAAGGAGGCUCGCGUGUGCGUCGUCUGCUUUGACUCCAUAAACAGAGCCCAGGCCCUGGAGCGGAUGAUGAGUCCUGCAGGUCCCAGUCCGAACCCAAACGUCCCCUCUGAGUACUGCAGCACCAUCCCCCCUCUGCAGCAGGCUCGAGCCGCCGGCACCCUGAACUCUCCUCCUCCCACCGUCAUGGUGCCCGUGUCCGUUCUCAAACACCCAAACAACGACAGUUGUCCUCGUGAACAGAAGCGCGUGUGGUUCGCUGACGGGAUCUUGCCGAAUGGAGAGGUGGCGGACACGACCAAGCUGUCGGUGACAAGCCGCAGGAGCUCGCAGGAGUUCUCCCCAGACCAAGCAUCACCUUGCUCCACCGGGUCAGAUGUUGGAGUCUGCCUUCCUGAAGCUUCUGGGUCAGUUGAAGUGAUUCGACCUCCCUUAUCAGGUCCUUUCGAUUACGCUCUGCUGGCUGGUAUCGGUACUUCAGUGAAGAGGGUUCCCAGUCUGCUGCCAGAGAACGAGGACGAGCUCCCUCCUCUGCUCAUCACCACAGGAGAGGACGAAACUGGAGACGUUUUAGUCGAGGAGAGUCCUGCACCAUGUCAAAUCCUGCACUUAUUAGAAGAAGGAGGACCCCGACCUCUGACCUUCGUCUUAAACGGCAACCUCCUCAUCAACGUCAAACUGGUCACAUACUGCACCCGGCAGUGCUGGUGUUUCGGCUCCAUCGGGCUGCAGGCUCUGGGACAGAAGGAGUUGGUGUUCUUGUUGGAGUGUUUGCCAGAAGAAAAGUCUCUCCCUAAAGACCUCUUCACACUGUAUCUCAACAUUUUCCAGGAAGCCCAAAAAGGAAAGAUCCUGGAGGAGCUGGAUAACGUGACGUUCACGAGCAGUUUCCUGGGCAGCAAAGACCACGCAGGGAUGCUCUUCUUCUCUCACACCUGUCAGCCUCUAGAUGGCCUCACUCUCCCACAGCAGCCGUUCCUGUUCGGCGUGCUGAUCCAGAAGCUGGAGGUACCCUGGGCCAAAGUCUUCCCUCUCAGGCUGCUGCUGCGGCUCGGAGCUGAAUAUAGCGUGUAUCCCACCACCCUGACGAGCAUCCGUUUUCGGGAGUCUGUGUAUCGAGAGACGGGACACACCAUCAUGAAUCUACUGGCUGACCUGAGGAACUAUCAGUACAGUCUGUCGGUUGUGGAGGGUCUGAGGAUCCACAUGGAGAUGGGACACAGCUACAUCGAAAUUCCCAAAGGCAGCUUCAAUGAGAUGCAGAAGGUCGUGAACGCCUCCAACGAGCACGUCAUCAGCAUCGGAGCUCGCUUCAGCGCGGAGGCCGACUCUCACCUGGUGUGUUUCCAGAACGAGGAGGGGAACUAUCAGACGCAGGCCAACAGCAUGCCGGGGAAAACACGCACCGUAACAGGAGCCAGCUUUGUUGUCUUUAACGGAGCCCUGAAAGCCUCCUCGGGCUUCAUCGCCAAGUCCAGCAUUGUUGAAGACGGGUUGAUGGUGCAGAUCCCUCCGGAGACGAUGGAGUCUCUGCGCGUGGCUCUGCGGGAUCAGACGGACUUCCUCAUUCCCUGCGGCAGGAACGACGGAGGAGAGCUCAGAGAGAACGUGACCGUCCGCUGGGUCGACUGGAGUUCACCUGUCAACACAGGGAGGACGAGUGCAGUGGAUGGCAGACCUCUGGAUGGAGUCCGCAGUGUGAGGGUGCAGCAGGACACGGAGUUCGAGUCAGACGGACGCUCCAUCAGAUGCACAGAGGUUUUCUACCAGCUCAAGGCUCCGGACUGCAGCCUGGCGUCGGUGCUCUCGUCCUGCAGCGUGUUUCAGAAGGAGAUGGCUUUAGCCGCCUGCAGCGCUCUGACUCCUCACCUCGCCGUGCUCACCUGCAGCGGCAUCAACACGCUCACUCUGCGGAUCUCCACGCAGGCGGACAUGGUGGAGUACCAGGCGGGCUCCGGGGGCCGACUCCUCCCUCAGCGCUACAUGAACGAGCUGGACAGCGCACUGAUCCCCGUCAUUCAUGGAGGUAGCGCUAGUGUACCGCAGACUGCCAUGGACAUGGAGUUCAUCUUCUACAUCACACACUCUAUCUAAACUCAUGACUCACUUUAACGCUAACGUACUGAAGACAGAGCGGCGGAGAGAGACGAGCUGUAGCGGACUGUAGCGGGACACGCUGACACCCUGACAGCCGCACAGUCGGACGAGCAGCCGCUGGCUCUGCACCCCCGCUCUGAGGCGUGACAUGAUUUUGGCUUUCUGUUCAGGAGUUGCUGCCUGUCUGUGUGUUUUUGUGCUCACCAAAGCUGCUUUAACACGAGAAGCCAAACACUAAACAAAGGAAUACGGCAUCCCGACCAAAUACAAGCAAACUACUCAACCGUCGUCUUCUGCUCUGCCUUCCAGGCGCCCCGCUGCUCUGCGUCAGCUGGGAGCGCCGCAGUGAAUGUUUCCACGGCCACUCGAGCGUCUCUUCUCAUUGGAUGUAUUUAUUAUAUUUUAAUAUGAGCUUAUUGAUGACUUUAUGACAUUAAAGCACGGGACGAGACUGACUGCAGGUUUCAGUACUUCAGAGGUGCUACCGUAGAGCCGCUUCAGACACACACACACACACACACACAUACACACACACACACACACACACACACACACACACACACACACAGCUCAACCCCGUUUUAAAAACCUCCUUCCCCUCCCCGUACUCUUCUUUUAACACGCCGGUUCAUGACGACACUCGGCCUCAUGCAGGAACAUUUUUAAAUUCUGACCCUUUGACUGCAUAUAAACAUGGACGGCGUGCCUCUGUCGCCUCCCAUUGUUAGAAAAAAGUGAAGCCAAAAUUUCCCCCUGAUUGGCAACCGAGGCAUGCACAGAAUCAGAGUCACAGAGCUGACGUCACGCACAUUAAACUUACGAAUAAAUCGUCACAGUGAUGCAGGAGCCUCAUUGGUCGACAGAGCUGUCAAUCAUGAUGUCACACCCUUUCAUUUUAGCGUCAAAUAACUAAGCUAAUCUUAAAAAUGAACACUUGGACAUAAAUUAGCACGACAUGAGAGAGCUAUCACGACAGAAACAUGUUUGAGAAACAUUUCUUUGACGUGUAUUUCCUGCAUCCGGCCACCAGGGGGAGCUCUAAAUGUUCUGGCUUCACUUCAGGAGAGCUGUCGUGUCGUCCAUGUUUUUAUUCAGCCUAUGAAACUAAACCAAGACCUGCUUCCUGAAGUUGACGUGUACAAACUCUGUACUAAAAUGUAGUUCCAGCCUCAUGAGUAACUCGCUCAGUCGGCCUUCUUUUAACAACAAACAACACGAGACGAGCAAAGUGACGAAAGGGCUCAGGGCUAAGAAGGAAACCCUCAAAACAAACAAGAAAUAAACAAUCAAUAAGAACAAGAUAGAAAUGUUGCUGUUUUAGUAAAACAGGAUCAAAAGAUCCAUAAAUAGUUCUUAAAGAAUAAAGAUCUUAACAGUUUAAAGCUCCUGUGGGGAUCUUUCAGUAAGUGUGGAUUCUGGCGCCCCCUGUGGACAAAGUCAUGUACUCCCAUUUCCUACUCUGGUAAUCUAACAGUUUUCUUUGAAAUAUCAGAAAGGAACAAAGCAACCUGGAUUAUCUGAUUCCAAAAGAGUGGAGCCCAAAAUCUGGAUAAUUCUUGAAUCUCAUGAACCACCGGGCUGAGGCGUGUCCUGACCGAAACAGAAACCCAUCUUAAUGCAGUGAAUUUAACUCUAAAAUCACAACUGUAGGAGAAUAAGUGAUGACGUGAUGACUGAUGCAGAUCACAUGACCUGUCUUGAACAGACUUGCAUCAUUCGCACAUUUCAGCAGAUGAAGUUUAAACUCUCAGCGACUCUCCUCUCUCUCCUGAUGUCGAUGUUGAGUCAGGAAUAGACGAUCUGGACCUUCUCACUCGUGUUUUGCACCAAAGCUGAACCCAAACUUCUUGUUUUGGUUCAUGCAGUGUGCACGUCAAAUCUUUUACCUCUGCUGCUCAUGACUUGUGCACCAAUCCUGCAUACUUCUGAAUGCAGGAACAUUACUUAAACUGACCGUGUGUCUUGCAUGAGGCCCGAGAUCCUGUCCUGGAUGAAACUCACGUUCAUUUAAACUGAUGCUACUUUUUUCCACUCUUCAAUUUCCUCACCGUUACUCUCCGUCAUGCUUUUGCUCUCAAUACUCUUAAAUCUGCAAAAAAUGGGUGUGACCUUUAGAGGUUCCUUAAAAUAUUGAAGUAAGCUGUGAGCUCAGCAGAGUUCUCCUCGGUGGUGUUUAGAGCAGUGAAAAUCCUCAGACUGGUUUCAUGUUUUAACUUCAUUUAAAGCGUUUCCACAGCAGCUUUAGGGCCCCCUUAGAACCGUUACAACAGGAGACCGCUCAUGAGAAUCUAAAUCUGCCAAACGUAUCGUCUGAGAGUGAGGUCAUAGGUCAGCCUUCAGGUGUCCGGUCCCUGCAGGAUGCAGCCAGGUUAGCAUGUACUCUAAAAAACGCUUUAUGCAGUGUUCCACAUCCCGUCUCAGUCCGUCACGAUCAGUAUGCCUCAUCGCUUUUGUUCCGUUCUGCACUUUUAAUAUUGAAGAGUUAUUUUUGGAGUCAAUGAUUUAAAAGUUUUAACAAACAGAGUCAGAGUUCAUAUUUUUGAUAGGACAUAAGCUACGUUCAUUUUGCUGUUUGUGUAGCAAGUUCCCCCGAGCUCUAAGAGGAGGAGAAAAUAAAUCUGAUUCAUCCUUUCUCUUUAAAAAGUGCCCAAAAAAUGCAUGCAUGAAGAAGAAAUGCAAAUCUUAAAUCUUCCUCCCCUUCCUCAACAUGUUCAAAGUUUUAUAAGCAACCAUCAGGCCCCAUGAAGACAUGAAGAUAAUCCAGUAUUAAUAUUUAAUAUAUGUCGGGUCCUGGUCUGUUGUGAGUCCUUAAAGUCAUCCUCACUGUUCUCCCCCUGCAUCCUGAGGUGCAGCAGCCCGGUCUCAAAUAUGUAAGUGGGAUGGAAUGGAUCAAAGUUUGUGCAGGAAUUAGCGUCUAAACCCAAAUCUAGAUUUUAGAAGAAGUAGAGAUUAAACAGUUUAACUUUGGCUGUUUGUAAAUCUGGAUGGCGUCUCCACCUCCUCCUUGUUGCACAAAAGUUAAGCCAGAACACCCCCUGUAAUGGGCACUGACUUGUUUGUAUCAGAGUCUAUGCAGUAGGUGCAAUAGUGAAGUCACUCCCCCUUAAAGUGACAUCAUUGCUCCCUCAGGUGGGUCCAGUCCACACCUGAACAGAUCCUUGUGUGGGUUUGAAGCAGAUGCUCACAGUUAUGGUGCGUUCAAUGACUCUUGUGUUAGUGUUUGUUACGUUUCCUCUUCACCGUUCCUCCUCUACUUUAAUAAUCUGGUGCACACGGCGCUGCUGGAGCCUCAUUGGUCAACAGAGGUUGUCAGUCAUGGCCUUAAUAUGGAAGAGGGUUUGGGGCCACUGAUUAUUUUUAAGUCCCAAUCUUUUUCUCAGAAUUCUGCCUUUAACAUCAAAGUUAACGUUCUAGAAUUCUGAGAUCAAAGACAAAAUUCUAGAGUUCUGAGAUCAAAGACAACAUUCCAGAGUUCUGAGAUCAGAGACAACAUUCUAGAGUUCUGAGAUCAAAGACAACAUUCUAGAGUUCUGAGAUCAAAGACAACAUUCUAGAGUUCUGAGAUCAGAGACAACAUUCUAGAGUUCUGAGAUCAAAGACAACAUUCUAGAGUUCUGAGAUCAAAGACAACAUUCUAGAGUUCUGAGAUCAAAGACAACAUUCUAGAGUUCUGAGAUCAAAGACAACAUUCUAGAGUUCUGAGAUCAAAGACAACAUUCUAGAGUUCUGAGAUCAAAGACAACAUUCUAGAGUUCUGAGAUCAAAGACAACAUUCUAGAGUUCUGAGAUCAAAGACAACAUUCUAGAGUUCUGAGAUCAAAGACAACAUUCAAGAGUUCUGAGAUCAAAGACAACAUUCUGGAAUUCUGUCUUUGAUGUCAGAAUUCCGAAAUAAAAAUUCAACAUUCUAAACUGAUCCUACUUUAUACCCCUCUUUUUAUAGCAUCAAAUAACAAAUUCGAACUAAACUAAUCAGAAACAUGAACCCUGAGAGAGAGACAAACCAUAACAACAGAAACCAUACUGCAACCAGCCACCAGGGGGAGCUCUAACUGUUAUGGCUUCACUUUAGGAGAGCUGUAGUGUCGUCCAUGUUUCAUAUGCCAUAUAUUUUAGUCAAAAGCAGAUAGGAGGACAUUUUCAGUGUUUAUAAAAGUGCUAUCAUAAUUUCUCCUGUAUCAUCACCUGUUAUACGUCUGCACUGCAAAAAAUUUAAACCAUAGCUUGUCUUAUUUAUAGUCUCAAAUAUCUCAUUAGACUUCGUAUAGGUCACAUGAACGUGGCAAGUCCAGAUUAACGUCUUAUUUCUUUUGUUUUAAGUUAUAUUUUUUGGGUUUUUCUGCCUUUUAUUCAGAGAGGAUAGAGCAGGAAACAGGAAGAGAGUGGGGAGUGAUAUGAAGGAAAUUGGGCUGCCUGCUUGAGGACUACAGCCUCCGUACAUGGGGUGCAUGACUGAACUACAAAACCUAACUGAUUCCCUUAAACGUCUUAUUUUAAGAUAUUAGGAGCAAAUUGAGGGCUGAAUUUCACAAAUGAGCACAAAUCUCUCAGUGCAUCGUGUAAAGUUGUAGUAAUCUGAAAUAAGAUGUUAAUCCAGACUUGUCAUGUGAGCUCGGCUUAUAUUAAGUCUUUUUUUGCAUCCUGAUUUAUAAAUGCCUCAUAAGUGCAGUUAUAACCGUUCCUUUAAGCAUUAACUAACUCUGAUAUCUGCUUCCAGCUUCGUUAUAGAGCGCCUGAAAGCAUGUCCUUCUGUCCCUUUUCUUUACGUCGCUCUCUGAAGCUGCUCGGGUAAACACACACGGCCUGUUUGAAGAGGAACUCUGAAACCAAACGAGGGGAAAGUUAACACAUUUCACCUCCGACCUGCAUGGACAGUCCCUCUGCGGCUCAUCGAUCUCUGCUCACCGCGUUAUUUACAUUACCUGGACUUUGGAGCGUUUUCAUCGUUACUGCCUGCCGGAGUUUCUUUUUCUUUCCAGGAUGAUUAAAAUCCACUACGUCAGAACGAGAAGUACUUUUAUGCUCUCUGAUCUUUUUUUUCUUCAGACGUAUUGUUUUGUGUAAAUCAUCUAUUUAUUCAUAAGCACCAGCUUUAUUUGGUGAACCUGGUAUCUGGGUCCUGAUCAGUUUCUGAAUAGCUCAUGUAUUUAAAGAAUAAAAUGAGUUUUAUGAAGAAAACUUU